AUGGGGUGGUGCAUGGUGGAAUACGACUUCGUCGCCGCCGACAAGAAACAAGACGAAGCCGCCGCCGACAGCAGCAACUACGUGCUUUGCAAGGUGUACCGCUCGCCUCGCGCGAAAGGGAAGUCGGCGCCGGUAUCGGCGUCCUCCUCUAGCAAGAAGUCCUCGUCCAAGCAGACGGCCAAGAAGAGGAAGGCCGGCGGCGGUGAGCACCCCGAGGCGCCGCCGGCCAAGUCGAUCCAGCAGCAAGAACAGGUGCAGCAGGAUACUACCGCCUGCUAUCAGCCACAAGGCGUGGAGUCGGAGCACGGCGGCGACUUCAACUUCAACAUCGAGGACAUAAACUUCUACGUCGACGAGAGCAUGCUGCGAGACAAGCCAGAGCAGGGACUGCAGCAGCCAAUCGCCGAGCCGGAGACUGCCGUGCAACGACAGUCUGAGCACGAAGAGUUCACCGUGGAGUGGUUAUUGCGAGGUGAGCCGCAGCAGCCGAUCGUCGAGCCGCCGCCGGGGCAUGGCGGCGAGUUCAUCCAGAUGCCGUGCGGUCUGUUGGUGCCCGUGGUGGCGGAAGCCACCGUCGACGAUAUGCUCGGGCUCGGCCCGGAGACAAUGUACGGCCAGUGGAGCGGUGGCAUGACAACAGCAACCAGCAUACCAUGGAGCAGCUACGCGCCGACGACGUUGUACACAGGAUGCAGCAGCCUUCUUCAAGGAUCUGAUCCCCUCCAGCUUCCAUAUCUGACGUGUUGA